GAUUCACUCUCGCGAUACAUAGACAGGUGUCCGGUUGCUAGGGCCGCCUGGUUACCGGGGCCUUUGACAGAGGGGCAGUCUCCAAAGACAGACGAUGUACUAAUCGCCGGGUCCAACUCCUCCCAGGGGGACAGCCUUUCGCGUUGACGUGUCCUUCACCCGGUGAGGGCACCGGAUCCCAGCUAAAGGUGCGGGAUCUCCAGCUAGAGGUGAAAUGCGUUGGUAACAUUACAUUGAGAGAGAAGAAAUGAUGGCAUUAUGGGGUGAAUUCCUUUCUUUUCUGAGCGAUUGUUCCUGGUAGAAUUCCAAAAAUGGGAAGGAUAAACAUUGCUUGCCUGCUUCCGGCUUCCUGGCAUUUCAGCCUCUCUCCUGCCAGCUGCCCCCGUGUCCUGAAUGUCACCCUACGUCAGCUGCUGAUGAUCAGCGUGGCGGCCGCCGUUCUGUUCUUACUUAUCUACUCUCUGCUCUUAGCGAGGACCAAGUACAGCCGAACACAUCGAGAAAGAAAAUAUCACAGAUAUCUAGGUCGUGUGACGGAUAUGGAAGCCACUGACACAAGCAACCCCAACUUAAAUUACGGUGUGGUAGUGGAUUGUGGGAGCAGUGGAUCACGGAUAUUUGUGUACUUCUGGCCACGUCACAAUGGCAAUCCACACGACCUGCUGGACAUCAAGCAAAUGAGAGACCAGAACAGAAAUACUGUGGUCUUGAAGAUCAAGCCAGGCAUUUCAGAACUAGCAACCACCCCAGAGAAAGCAAGUGACUAUAUCUCCCCUCUGCUCGAGUUUGCGGCUGGCCACAUACCCCGGGAAAAGCACAAAGAGACCCCCUUGUAUAUUCUCUGCACAGCAGGUCUUCGCAUUUUGACUGAGAGCCAGCAGGAGGCAAUCCUGGAAGACUUGAGGACGGACAUCCCGGUACAUUACGACUUUCUCUUCUCUGACUCCCACGCAGAGGUCAUCUCAGGGAAGCAGGAGGGUGUGUACGCCUGGAUCGGCAUCAACUUCGUGCUCGGCCGCUUUGAUCAUAUUGAUGACGAAGACGAUGCUGUGGUAGAGGUGAACGUACCUGGUAAUGAAGACAAGGAAGCCAUCUUGCGCAAGCGCACGGCCGGCAUCCUGGACAUGGGUGGGGUUUCCACCCAAAUCGCAUACGAAGUUCCUAAAAGUGUAAGCUUUACCUCCUCCCAGCAGGAAGAGAUGGCUAAGAACUUGCUGGCAGAGUUCAAUCUUGGCUGCGAUGCCCACGAGACGCAGCAUGUAUAUAGGGUAUACGUGGCCACUUUCCUGGGUUUUGGGGGCAAUGCUGCCCGCCAGAGAUACGAGGGGGUCAUCUUUUCCAGCACCAUGGAAAAGAACAGGCUUUUGGGCAAGCAGCUUGGUAUGUCCUCGGAUGCUCCUUACUUGGACCCAUGUCUUCCUCUGGACAUCUCCGACACAAUCCAGCAGGGGGGACAGACCCUGUAUGUGCGCGGCACAGGAGACUUCCAGCUGUGCCGUCGGGUCAUCCAACCCCUUAUGAACUUGUCCAAUGAGACUCAGACCACUCUGAAUGGCAUCUACCAGCCGCCGCUCCCCUACCACAACAGCGAGUUCUACGGCUUCUCGGAGUUCUACUACUGCACAGAGGAUGUACUGCGCAUGGGGGGAGACUACAGCUCCGCGCGCUUCUCGCGGGCAGCACAGGAUUACUGCUCUACGAGAUGGUCUGUGCUCAAGGAGAGAUUUGACCGUCGUCUUUAUGCAUCACACGCUGACCUACAUAGGCUUAAAUAUCAGUGCUUCAAGUCUGCCUGGAUGUAUGAGGUUUUCCAUACAGGCUUCUCCUUCCCGGCUAAUUACAGCAAUCUGAAGACUGUGCUGCAGGUUUACGACAAGGAAGUGCAGUGGACGCUGGGAGCCAUUUUGUACCGAACCAGGUUCCUGCCCCUGAGGGAUAUUCAGCAGGAUCACUUCCGUGGCAGCCAUCCACACUGGCGAGGAGCAUCCUUCGUUUACAACCACUACCUGUUCUUGGGUUGCUUCCUGGUUGUCCUGCUCGCCAUCGUGCUUUACCUACUGAGGCUUAGACGCAUCCACCGUCGCAUGCAGCGCAAUACCUCUUCCUCUGCUCUGUGGGUGGAACAAGGACUGCAGCCCAGUGGGCUCCCAAGCCCUUUGUGAUAAACUGCCAUCCGGACCCCGCACGCCUCCUCGUCUGCAGGUCGGAAGGGUUCAAUCUGUUCUUCAUUCCCCUGUCCAGCAGUGACCAUGGAUGGAGGGUGAAGGCUGGCAGUGUGUGGGUCGAUCUGGCUCUUGGAGCAGCCAUAAUUGACUGGAGGGGAGACUAAGCCAUGUUCUGUUCUUCUUUGGGUUUUUUUUUUAGGGUUUUUGUUUUGUUUUGUUUUUUUACCUCAGGGGUCCCCAUUGCAUCCCUAAGCAGUAAUUGCGGUUGUGUUUGUCUUAAUUUGAAUGGAGGACACAGCAGAACUGGGAUUGUUACGCUCACAAGAGACGGCUUGCAUUAAAUCAGAUCACUGCGGCUGGAGUUGUGUAGUUUGCAUGUUAUAAAGUCCUACUGAUGCCCUUGUUGUAAAAAGUAGUCCUACUGUGGCCAUAAAGAGCUCUCUGUAGAA